AUGAGACCGGCACUCACGACCAGAUGGCUGCGACUGCCGUCCGCCUCGCAGCUCGCUCAGCGGGGCCCGCCCGCAGCGCCGACGACGACGACGACGACGACGACGACGACAGCACCCCUUGUCCGACGCUGGGCCUCGUCGCAGGCGUCCAAGCCCAAGGUGCUACUUCUCGAUGAGAUCAAGCUCGCAACCGCCGAGCUGGAGCGCCUCAAGGGCAAGGCAGACGUGCUCACGUCCUCGGCCAAAACCCGCGACGAGCUCAUCUCGCGCUUCGCCCCUUCGGGCGACUACGCCGACGUUGUCGGCAUCUACCGCCACUUUGGAGGCGCCCGCUCGGUCAAGGUGACGGGGCGCUUUGAUCCGCAGCUCGUCGAAGCGCUGCCCCGCUCCCUGCGGUACAUUGUGCACAACGGGGCAGGCUACGACCAGCUCGACGUCGCCGCCCUGACGGCGCGCAACGUGCAGGUGUCCAACGUGCCCGUCGCCGUCGACGAUGCCACGUCCGACGUCGCCCUCUUUCUCCUCCUCGGCGCCCUCCGACGCUUCCCGCUGGCCCAGGCGCACCUCGACCGCGGCGCGUUCAACUCGCAGUUUGACUUCCACUCGGCCCGCGACCCGCGCAGCAAGACGCUCGGCAUCGUCGGCGCGGGCGGCAUCGGUCGGGCCUUUGCCUACAAGGCGUCGCACGCCCUUGGCAUGAGGGUCAUCUACCACAACCGCAACAGGCUCGACCCCAAGCUCGAGGCCGAGUCAGCCAAGGGUGGCAUGGAGUACGUCGAGACGCUCGACGACCUCCUCGAGCGAUCCGACGCCGUGUCCCUCCACUGCCCGCUCACCCCACAGACAAAGGGCCUCAUCGGCAGAGAUGAGCUCAGCAGGAUGAAGGACUCGGCCGUCAUCAUCAACACCGCCCGCGGUCCCGUGAUCCACGAAGAGCAGCUCGCAGAGGCCCUCGAGCAGGGCGUCAUCGCCGGCGCGGGUCUCGACGUGUACGAGAACGAGCCCUCGAUCCACCCGCGUCUGCUGGCGCUCAAGGAAACAAAGGCGAUGCUGCUGCCCCACGUCGGCACGCUGACGCUCGAGACGCAGACUGAGAUGGAGGCCGUGUGCCUGCGCAACCUCAUCCAGGGCCUCGACACGGGCAAGCUCGGCUUCACCGUCGCAGAGCAGCGCCAGGUCGACUUCCAGUAG